AUGGAAAUUCAACGGCUAUCCCACCAUGGUCCACUCCCAACGACAAUUCGAGCUGUUCGGGAUUCGCACUCUCCUGCCCGUGGCCGAACCCUGGUUGUUUGUCUUGAUGGAACUGGAGAUAGCUUCGAUGAUGAUAAUAGCAACGUUGUCAAUUUUGUCGCAUGUUUGAAGAAAGAUGACCCGAAUCAAGUUACAUAUUACCAAGCUGGGAUUGGCACAUAUGGGCGCAAAGGUCUUCAAAGUGGAUUCUCGGCUGCGAUUGACAUGGCCGUCGGUUCCGGUCUAGGAAUUCACAUCCGAGACGCCUACCGCUUCCUCAUGCAAAACUACCAAGAAGGCGAUCGAAUUUGUCUUCUCGGAUUCUCCCGUGGCUCCUAUACCGUCCGCUGUCUCGCCGGCAUGCUGCACAAAGUCGGACUACUCCCAGCCCACAAUCGUGCCCAGGUCACCUUCGCAUAUAAAUUCUACAAGGACGAUACACCUAACGGCUGGAAGAUGAGCGCCGAGUUCAAGAAGACGUUCUGUAUGAACGUUAAUGUUUACUUCGUCGGCGUGUGGGAUUGUGUUGCCAGUGUGGGGUUCAUUCCCAGGAAACUACCGUUCAGUAAAAGUCCGACGAAUGUUAUUGGUUUUUUUCGACAUGCCAUGGCGUUGGAUGAGCACAGGGCCAAGUUCAAAGUCUGUCGGUAUCAGCCUCAACAACUUGAUGGUGUGAAUCCUAUUGAUGAGAAGACGAUCGAUCGUACAUUUCACACUCAGUUUAAGGGUUUUUAUCAUCGACUUUUUCACAGCGACAAUCCAGAUCAGAAGACGAAAUCUCCAUUGGACAAACUGAAGAAGGUCAAAACGAAUCAGGAAGUCCUCGAGAAGGUCUUCGAUAAGUACGAACGUCGAACCAUCACUCCAUGCAAAACUGAUGCUCUCGAAGUUUGGUUCAUGGGCGCACAUGCCGAUGUUGGAGGUGGAGCAGUAGCGAACGAGGAACGACACAUGCUCUCACGAAUUCCCUUGCGCUGGAUGAUCCGCCAAACCUUCGAAUGCAACACAGGCAUCCUCUUUGAUACAGCAGGACUAGCAGAAACGGGUCUCGAUGUCCCCACUCUCUGGCCGGUCUAUAAACAGAACCGAAAACCAGCUGUGGGACCAAGUCCAAAGACGUUGGAAUUAUGGGAGAAAGGAGGCCUACCCUCUCUCAAACGAAGAAGCACAGUAUUAGGUCUCCAAGAUUCACACGAGGAAAAACAGCAACAGUCAUCCAAAAGAAGAGAAUCUGAUCUCAACACCCUAACCAACUCUCAAGACACCACCAAUCCAAUGCACCUCCUCCCCGAACAAGUAGAAGACUACUUCGACGCCCUAGCGCCCAUGAAUGACCAGCUCGUGCUCGCAAAACCGUGGUGGAUCCUGGAAUUCUGGCCGAUUAAAGUCAGAAUUCAGAGAGACGAGGAGGAUGGCGGGUACUGGGAGAAGGUGGUGCGGUGGAAUCUGGGACGGUACAGGUGUGUGCAGGAGACGGAUCCGAGGAUGCAUUGGACGGUGGAGAUGCGGAUGGGGGAGGGUGAUAAGGAGAGGGCUUAUAAGUUGCGAGCGAGGGUUGAUCGGGAUGCGAGUUGGAGAAGUGUUGCGUAGGUGCGAGAUGAGAGAUGGUGCUACUUUCUGCGUUGAUUUUGCGAGUAGCUUGAUUGCUACUUCAAUAUACCAAUUUGUUUCUGGACUUAUGCAUUCACACAGACUUCGG